AUGGAUGAUUUAAAACCAGUGAGCGAGGCUGGUGGAAAGAUGACCUCCUUGGAACAGGUGGGGGAGGAGGUGGUCGGCCAGGCGCGCUGUCCAUUUGAGUCCGGUCAGUCCAACGUUGGGCUGUUUGCAGGAGGAGAUUUCUACUCAGCCACCAUGACAGAUUUUUUGGCCAGCGAUGCCGUCAUCUACCGAAGCCUGGGAGAGGGCCGACCUGUUCUCAGGACUGUCAAAUAUGACUCCAAGUGGCUCCGAGAGCCUCACUUCCUGCAUGCCAUCGAUUAUGGUAACUACGUCUACUUUUUCCUCAGUGAGAUUGCAGUGGAGUACACCGCCCUGGGCAAGGUGGUGUUUUCCCGCGUUGCCCGGGUUUGUAAGAAUGACAACGGGGGCUCUCCCAGGGUGUUGGAUAGAUACUGGACUUCCUUUCUGAAGUCUCUCACCAACGUGCUGCAGAUCAACCAAAGACCGGCAGUGGUUGGAGUGUUCACCACUCAGGGAAACAGUAUCCCAGGCUCAGCCGUGUGUGCCUUCUACAUGGAUGACAUCGAGAAAGUCUUCAAUGGGAAGUUCAAAGAGCAGAGGACCAGUGACUCGUCCUGGACUCCGGUGCCGGAUGAGCAGGUUCCCAGGCCCAGGCCCGGUACUUGUGCGGGCGAUGGUCCAGCUUCAGACUACAAAUCCUCGGUUCAGUUCCCUGAUGAGAUGCUUACCUUCAUCAAAUCAUAUCCUUUGAUGGAUGAAGCCGUCCCCUCAGUCAACGACCGGCCCUGCUUCACCAGGACAUCCAGCAGGUCCAAACUGACCCAGAUAGUGGUGGAUGUUUCAGCCGGGCCCUAUAAGGACAGAACAGUUAUGUUCCUGGGCUCAGACGAUGGCCGAGUCUUAAAGGUUUUGGCAAACACGCAUCCAAAUGACAGCUUUGGAUCCAAACUCCUGGAGGACAUCAACGUCUACAACCCAUCAAAAUGCAACGUUCAGGGUCAGGAGGACAGGAGGGUUUUGGGACUGGAGUUGGACAAGGACCACCAUGCCUUGUUUGUGGCCUUCAGCAGCUGUGUCAUCAGAGUUCCACUCAGUCGCUGCACCCAACACGGAGCGUGUAAAAAAGCAUGCCUGGCCUCUCGUGACCCAUACUGCAUCUGGCUCCGCACGGGGACUUGUGCCAACAUGACGCCGGGCUUCAAAAUGCUUGCGCCCCGGUGUGCAGUCCAGAGCAGGAAGGCCGUGGAGACAAAAACAACAGAGUAA